UUUGUCGUGGCUUGUUUAGUGGCCCGUCACCCUCUGAAAAUCUGCUGUUGAUUUACAGGUUCAAUACACAGGGUUGCUCCAGAGGCAAACGCUCAGAGGGAUCCUGCAGAUAACAGAAUUACCCCUGAAUAAACGAAGAGAGACUAUAUAAACAUGCCUGGCCCUGCAGCAAGUGUGACCAAUGUUGGCACCUCCAGUCGCUCCCCCAGCAAAGCUGUUGCUUCCAGAGCUGCUGGUUCCACUGUCAGGCAGAGGAAAGCCACUAGCAGUGGAACAAGGAGUGCAGGCCGUGCAUCCUCUGCAGGCACAGGAGGAAUGUGGAGGUUCUACACUGAGGACUCCCCCGGUCUCAAAGUUGGCCCAGUUCCAGUGCUGGUCAUGAGCCUGCUCUUUAUUGCAUCAGUAUUCAUGCUUCACAUCUGGGGCAAAUACACCCGCUCAUAAACUAGUGAAAUGCACCACCAACUCCCUCCAUACCUGCCAUCUUGACAUUUGUUUGACCUGGACCAAUUAUUUAAUUCAAUGACUAAAACAUUGUGGCUCUGAUUAUUGAUAGUUGGAAAAUGAACACUACUCCUCCAGAUUGUACAAAAAAGCAGUUAAUGGGAUGUGUUUAAUUUUUUUUAAAAUUUUAUUUUAACAAAGCAAUUCUACACCUGUACCACUCUGCAGUCUUUAGCUCCUGUUUGUUUGACCAAGAAGAAUUCCCUUUUCUGUAUACAAAGCAUUUGUACAAUCUGUAAUGUAUUGCUGUACAAUAAAUACAUUUUUUUAUAUAUA